ACAGACCUGCUCGCGUUACGUCGCGUACUAACAACUGGUUUACACUCGUCGAACUCCUGCUUUCUCCACCACUCAGGCCUCCGUAUAGUAUUCCUUGCCAACAUGUCAUUGUGGGUUGACCAGUAUCGUCCUCGCGUCUUGGACGAACUUCAUUAUCAUCAUACCUUGUCGACUCGAUUAAAAUGCCUCGCAUCCGCUGGAGACUUCCCACAUAUGCUUUUUUAUGGUCCAUCUGGAGCAGGAAAGAAGACGCGGAUUACAUGCACGUUGAGGCAGUUGUUUGGGCCUGGAAUCGAAAAGCUCAAGAUUGACCAACGGGUGUUCUUAUCCCCCUCCAGGCGAAGAAUUGAAAUCAAUCUCGUACAAAGUAAUUUUCACGUUGAAAUUACACCAAGUGAAGCCGGAAACUUUGAUAGGGUAGUCAUUCAGGAGUUACUAAAAGAGAUUGCACAGACGCAGCAGAUGGAUUUGAACGCAAAGCAGCGGUUUAAAGUUGUCAUCAUCAACGAAGCAGAUACUCUUUCAAGAGAUGCCCAAGCUGCUCUCCGUCGAACCAUGGAAAAGUACAUGUCCAACAUGAGAAUCAUACUCUGCGCCAACAGCACCAGUCGUUUGAUUGCCCCAAUCAGGAGUCGUUGUCUCCUUAUGAGAGUUGCAGCCCCCACCAAAGACGAGAUGCAAACAGUCAUGCAACACGUUUCGAGGCGGGCGGGUUUCGAUUUACCCCCCGAGGUUGCCGAUCGUAUUAUCGAGGAUUCCGAUGGGAACCUCCGUAAAGCAAUCUUAUGUCUCGAAGCCCUCAAGAUGCAGUCACCCGAUUUAUCGAGCCCUACGCUGUCAAUCGCAAAGCCUGAUUGGGAGACCUAUUGCCACAAAGUGGCUGAUCUCAUCAUUAGCGAACAAACUCCUGCUCGUGUAAUGGAAGUGCGGCAAAAGUUCUACGAACUCCUAAGCCACUGUAUACCUCCUUCGGUGAUUCUCAAGACUGUAGCAGACAGGGUUGUAGAGAAGGUUGAUGAACAAAUCAAGCCCGAUAUCAUCCACUGGGCUGCAGUCUAUGAGGUCAGAAUGCGGAUCGGAUCGAAGAAGAUAUAUCAUUUAGAAGCAUGGGUCAUCAAGGUUAUGAGUAUCUACAAGCAUUUCUUCUAUGAUAUGGACCUAUCUGGAUUUGAUUGAGAUGGUAUGUUGCGUAGUUCAGUCGGUCUCCAGUUACGGAGGUAAAUUUACUUUGAUCCUCGGGUAGACACCCGUAGACACUCGUUGACUUAU